GAUCGCGAUCGUGAUUCGUGAGUUCAUGAGUGAAUUGGUUUUGAGCCAAAAUAGUUCAAUGCAGUCAUUCGCUGUAUCAAGCAAGGAGUGUCAGAUUAUUUGGAUUCAUCAACGUCAAUUUCUCAACGUGAAUCAAUAGUGUCAAAACAUUGAUUUAUAAGAAACUUUAAUAAAUAAACACAAAAAAUGUCUUCAUUGCGGAUGAAGGCAGCAAAAUGCCCCUCUGAUGAGCUGGCUGUAACAAAUUGUGCUCUCAUUAAUCCAGACGACUUCCCCAGUGAUGUCAAGCACAUAGAAAUAUCUACUGGUCCGUCACACUUUGUCUUCAGUAUCAGAUUCUACAGUGGUGUGGAUCGUGGUACUGUUGGAUUUUCAGCACCACAAAGAAAAUGGGCUACACUUUCCAUUGGCCAACCCAUCGACGUGAAACCGUUCAAGCCACAAAACGCAGAAUGUUUGUGCAGUGUCACAUUAGAUGCAGACUUUAUGCUGAAAAAAACAACAUCGUUGGAACCGUACGACUCGGAGCAGAUGGCGCGCGACUUUCUCAUCCAGUUUUCCAACCAGGUGUUCACCGUCGGUCAACAGCUGGCAUUCGCCUUCCAGGAUAAAAAAGUCUUGUCAUUAAUUGUAAAGAAUCUUGAAGCUGUGGACGUCCAAGCGUUGGCAUCAGGUGCUAACGCGGUCCCGCGUCGCGUAAGGAUGGGCAGACUGCUGCCCGAUGCCUGCAUACAGUUUGAUAAAGCUGAGAACUCCUCCCUGAACUUAGUAGGGAAGGCUAAAGGGAAACAGCCUCGUCAAUCAAUCAUCAAUCCUGACUGGGACUUUGGCAAAAUGGGCAUCGGUGGUCUGGAUAAAGAAUUCAAUGCUAUCUUCAGACGUGCGUUUGCGUCUCGCGUAUUCCCACCAGAAGUUGUCGAACAAUUGGGUUGCAAGCACGUAAAGGGUAUUUUAUUGUUCGGGCCACCCGGUACUGGUAAAACUCUGAUGGCCAGACAGAUUGGCAAGAUGUUGAACGCCCGCGAACCAAAGAUCGUGAACGGUCCGCAAAUAUUGGACAAAUAUGUUGGUGAGAGCGAGGCCAAUAUUCGACGAUUGUUUGCCGACGCCGAAGAAGAAGAGAAAAGGUGUGGACCGAACAGCGGGCUGCACAUUAUAAUCUUCGAUGAAAUCGACGCGAUCUGCAAGGCGCGUGGUUCUGUGGGCGGCAACACUGGGGUACACGACACAGUUGUCAACCAGCUGCUCUCCAAAAUCGAUGGUGUGGACCAACUGAACAACAUCCUGGUGAUCGGUAUGACGAACAGACGGGACAUGAUAGACGAGGCGCUGAUGCGUCCGGGCAGGCUCGAGGUGCAGAUGGAGAUAGGUCUGCCGGACGAGACCGGUCGAGUGCAAAUCCUCAGCAUUCACACCAAGCGCAUGCGCGAGUACAAGAAGAUCGCUGAAGAUGUUGACUGCAAAGAGCUAGCAGCGCUAACAAAGAACUUCUCUGGUGCGGAGCUGGAGGGUCUGGUGCGCGCGGCGCAGUCCACCGCCAUGAACCGGCUGAUCAAGGCCUCCAGCAAAGUUGAGGUGGACCCCGAGGCUAUGGAGAAGCUCAUGGUCGAGCGCACUGACUUCUUACACGCGCUCGAGAAUGAUAUUAAACCGGCAUUCGGUACUGCGGCGGAGGCGCUGGAGCACUUCCUAUCGCGCGGCAUCAUUAACUGGGGCUCCCCGGUCUCCUCGCUGCUGGAGGACGGUCUGCUCUACAUACAGCAGGCGCGCGCUACAGAGGCCAGCGGCCUGGUGUCAGUGCUGCUGGAAGGUCCGCCCAACAGCGGCAAGACGGCGCUGGCGGCCGAGCUGGCCAAGCGCUCCGACUUCCCCUUCGUCAAGGUCUGCUCGCCCGAGGAUAUGGUCGGCUUCACCGAGACUGCCAAGUGCUUGCAGAUACGCAAGUACUUUGACGACGCGUACCGUUCGAGUCUGUCGUGUAUCCUGGUGGAUAACAUCGAGCGGCUGCUGGACUACGGGCCUAUCGGACCGCGCUACUCCAACCUGACGCUGCAGGCGUUACUCGUGCUGCUCAAGAAACAGCCGCCCAAGGGUCGCAAGCUGCUCAUACUGUGCACCAGCAGCCGCAGACAAGUGCUUGAAGAUAUGGAAGUGUUGUCGGCGUUUACGGGCGUGUUGCACGUACCCAACCUGUCGCAGCCCGAGCACGUGAUGGCAGUGCUUGAGGAAAGCGACGCCUUCUCCAAACGUGACCUCGCCAGGAUACAGAGUGACCUCAGAGGAGCCAAGAUAUUCAUCGGUAUUAAGAAGUUAUUGGCGUUAGUCGACAUGGUGAAACAGACGGACGAGGACUCGAGAGUGUUCAAAUUCCUCACCAAAAUGCAAGAGGAGGGCGGGCUGGACCUCGGCACCACCAUACAAUAAGAAAUGUUGCAACCUUAGG